GUCAUUAUUUUAUUUGUGGUGACGUCACAUGAGACGUUAGAUUCCGAUACCGAAAUUCAAUCUUCUGUCUGAUCUAAUGUGCUGCUCUGGCCGGUUCUAAUGCUUGUUCUUCGAAAUGGAGUCCCAGAACCCCAGCAUGACCUGCGCCAUCUGUCUGGAUCAUUUUAAAGACCCCUGCACUAUUCCGUGUGGACAUAACUUCUGCCACUCCUGCAUCAAAUCUCACUGGGACUCUGCAACUAACUACUACUGCCCCAUAUGCAAAGAAGAGUACCACAACAAACCCGCCCUGCGCCGAAAUGUUGACCUCUGUGAGCUGAUAGAGGGGCCCGGCAGCUUGGGAGUGUCCGGUGUGGAGGGACGGGCAGCGGGUGGAGAGGGGAGCAGAGACGUGGAGCUGUGCCAUAGACACGGGAAGCCUCUGGUGCUGUUCUGUAACCAGGAGAAGAUGUCUGUUUGUUAUGAGUGUGCAGUGAAGCAGUGUGAUAGCCACGACAAGAGCAUGCUGGAGGAGGAGAGGCAGAACCAAGAGCUGAUUCUCCAGAGAAAAGAGAAAGAAAUGGAGAGACUCAUCAAAGAAACAGAGAGAAGAAUCCACGACCUAUCUGAGAACAUCAACCAAGCAAACGUCACCCUUCAGCAAACAUGCGAAUGGGUCAGUGCCAAGUUCCAGAGUCUUCUGAAGAGCCUGUUGGAGAAGAAGGAGGUUACAGAGCGGUUCCUGGAGGAGCAGAGAGAUGGCACCAUCACAGAGGCCCAGAGGAGGCUGUCUGAACUGGAGGAGCGUGCCCAAAAGCUCAAAGAAAACAAGGAGCAAGUCAGUACGCUGAGAGAGCUGCCGGAUACUGAGCUAAUCAAGAAGUCCAUGCUGGUGACAGUGCCGGAGUACCAGGACAUCUGCACAGAGGUGAGUCCCAACCUUCAAGAGCGUGUGAGUGGAGUCACUGACGUGCUGUCCCGGGUCUCCAAACUGCUGCAUGAGGAUCUGGAGCGAGCUGUGGGCACUGCACUGGGCCAUGACAAGCAAGCCUCUCCCCAGGACAAGCGGCCCGUCCUGGCUGUGGUGCCCAGUCCUGCAGCUCCCUUCGCUCCAGGGCUCAGGGAGGAACUCGAUAGUCAACGCUGCUCCCUGACCUUUGACCCCCGUACAGCUAACAGUCACCUGUCUCUGUCACAUGGGAACACCCGGGCGGAGCACCUGACCUCGGGGCCACGGGCAGUCCCAGAGGAUGACGUGCGCUUCGACCACACCUGGCAGGUCCUCUGCUGCCAGGGCUUCAGUCAGGGAGUGCACUACUGGGAGCUGACGGUGUCCAAGCCCUGGGCCUUUGUCGGGGUGACGUACGAGUCCAUCCCGCGGAAAGAGAAAGGUAAACGCUGCAUGGUGGGUAUGAACGACGUGUCCUGGAGCCUGCAGCUGGACGAGAGGCAGCUGAGCGCGUGUCACGGUGGGCGACAGGAGCCGGUGAGUGGGCCCCCUCCUCCGCACUGCCGCAUUGGGGUGCACCUGGAUUACGACGGAGGUACUCUCACCUUCUACGGGCCAGACCAGAGCCGCCUGCAUGCCUUCCACUGCACACCCUUCACACACCCGCUGUACCCCGCCUGCUGGAUCGGGGAGGGGGUCAGCGUCAGCCUUUGCCCCCCCAGGACAUGAGGGCGGAGCACAGAUCAGCAGAAAAGACAUGAGAAGACGCUUGGCUUUUUAAACAUGGGAAUCCGACAUGAGUUACAAUGAACUGACUUUGGAAUAUUUUCUUUCAUUAUUGUUUUAUUAUCAUCAUAAAUUCCAUUCCCUGGGAUUCAGAAUACACAAUUCUCCAAUACUUCAUUUCACCUUCAUUUCACACUAACAGUGUUUCACUGAAAGAAACAUAUCUGUUUUUAAUCAUGUUUGGUUUUGGCUCAAGAGGCGAAGGAGGCCAUGGCAUAAAAACACAGAGCGGUAUCAUUCUGGAUUUGCCAAGCAAAUCCUAAAUUGGUGUACAUUUUUGGACUUGUUCAGUCUAUGUGUAAUUUCAAAAAACAAGAGCAGUGUGUUUGGGCCAAUGUGAACUCAAGAGUCACACUCUGGACUGCAGUAAACAGCCAGUCAGAGAGCACAGGAGGUCUCUGGAGCAGGGCAAGUGCGGUGUGAACAUGGCCAACCUUGGGCAGAUUUACGCAGUCCACUGUGAUCGUAAAAGUGGUUGGAUUUGAGCAAGAAAGUGCUCGAAUCACAUAUAUAUCUAGCCUGCUGAAUUUGGGUCGGCAGAUGGAAAAUGUAGGUGGGCAAAUACAGAGCUAUAUGUGUAUUUGUAUGAAGUAAUAGAUGUGAAUCGGUGGGCAAGAAUUUCCCAUCCUUAUCUAUAGCUACAACUGGCCCUGCUUCACAUGAUCAACUUUAUAUUGCCGUUAAGAGGUAACUAAAGUCAUGUGCUGCUUGUGAGAGUGCAGACUUCACUGUGGUUGGUUAAAUCCACCUGUCACUCACUCAGGACACACUCAAUAGAAGUGUUUGGUGGUGCAAAUGUGUACGUUUGAGCAUAAACAGAGAAGCAGUGAACCACGAUGUAUCCAUAUCACAAAUGCAAACUGGCACAGAGAUGAGAUCACAGUCUUCAUUUCUAUUGUCAUACAAACUUGUCAAACCUACUUAAUUUUAGGGCUGUAGUUGAAUAAAGAAAUUCUUGGUCGAUUAAAGACAUGUCCGACCGAUCGAUUAGCCGACUAAAAAAGGGGGCAAAAUCUCUCAAAACUAUUACGUAUGUCUUUAUCUGACCCAGACUGCAUUCUUUUUUUUUUUUCUUUUUUUUCAAAAUUUGUUUAUUUGGCUUAUGCAGAAAUUGUACAAUGUACAUUCACAUAUCACAAAUAGUGAGAAAGUAAAAAAAUAUUCUGCACAAUUUCCUUUUAUAACACAAUGAUACACACACAAAAACAUAAACACCACACUAACAUUCUCCAUCCAAAUGACAAAAAGGAAAAAAAUGCAGUUACCCGUCCUGACCCCCAGACUGCAUUCUUAAGACACCUGCACGGGAGUUCAUGCAAAAGCAACUAUUUAUGCAGAAAAAAGUACAAGAAACGGCGUAUUUAUAUAAAGACUGAUUAAACUUGUGAACCUGAGUUUAAUCUCUCUUUUUACAUAGAAAUACCAAAAAUACCAUACCUUCAGCAAACUUAUUUACUAACUUCUGCUUUCUGCUGUUGUCUCAUAUAAAUCCUUAUAACUAAAUAAAAGGAUUAGUCGACUAAAACAGUUUUUGAUUGACUAUGACAUCAUCGGCCGAUUAAUCGACUAAAUGAAUAAAGAACUACAGCCCUAAUUAAAUCCAUAUGAAUAUUCUGAAUUCCAGUCAUCCUAACUCAUGUGACUGCGUUUUUUUAAGUAUGUUGUAUUAUAGGACUUUCUUUGCACUUAUAUUUAAAAAAAAAAACUAAAAAAAAACACUCGCAUUUGUAGGAGUGAUUUCUGGAGUGAAAUGUUUCAAUGUCCAUUAAACUGGUGCUAUAUCUUUGACAGUUUACCUUCUGUUCCUGCCCACAGCGGAUACACUGAGCCCAGGCUAAAUGAGUCAAGGAAGCCAUUCAUUGUGUUUUUGGAUGAAGUACUUCAUAUUUUUACAUUCUCAAAACAUAACUAAGUGCUCAGAUGUGGUAAAAGUACAGUAUUCGGUAAAAGGAUAAGUAAAAGGGGCAAAUACAGGGGCAAAAAAUGACUCAAGUAAAAGUAUUGGAUAAAAAAAUCUUAAGUAUAAGUAUUAACCUAGGCCACCCAUUCGAAAAUGUAAAAGUAUUUCUUAUUUUGAAAAAUGCUAGAGUUAAAUGUAGUGAUACUGAUAAAGACUUAGAGAAUAUUGUUCUGCAGAAACUACGAACAUGCCAAAAAUAAAGUCCUCAGCCUUUUCAACAGGUGUCAAACUAUUACAAAAUACAGAGCGCUUUGUUGUGAAAGUGUGGCUGAGUUGGUAGCGUUAAUUUACAACAUCUUCAUCUUCAACGUGGUACUGAAAAGGUUUAAUAAUUGACAUCUGACUUAUAAUGCAUUUAUUUUGUCACCUCUGCCGUAUAUGUAUUUAAUGCAUUUUGUCAACGUUAUUAUUUGCAAAUAUGGCAGAAAACCUUGCACAAAUUGUAAGAAAUACUUUUUUGGGACAUUAAAAUGAUGUACAUACUUUC